GAAAAUUACCACGAAUCGACCAAUCAAAACAAGCUACGAACGAACGGCUUUACGAAUUGCAUAUCUGUUUCUGUGGCACACUAGUCAGCUGAAAAUAUUAUCGUGUUUAUACUUUUGAUGCGUACUUGUGUUUAUUUUUAUAUCGCUAGGAAUUGGGAACGGUAGACAAAAUGGCAACAGGAGUAAAACCUCGUGAUGAAGAAUCGUCCCUCACCAAAGCCGAUUUGGAGACGAUACAAGACGCUAUGAAGAGCAAGAAAUUUCGAGAACUGCUCUCGGAGUACUGCGACGAGAUACGUGACCCGGCGAACCAAGCGAUCUAUCAAAAAGAAAUGACCCAACUAGAGAAGGAACGUGGUUACGAUGUAACUUUUAUAAAUCCGAAAGCAGGUUAUGUGAUUAAAACUAGCGUGGCAGGCGACAGGAAGGCUUUUAUUAACAUUUGCAGUAAUGAAAACGUGGACAAGCCGUCGUGUAGAGUUGAGGACCAAAACGGUCAAAAAGGUAUGAAUUGGCAGCUCCCAUAUACAAUAAUUCCUCCAAGGGAAGAUUUCGAUCACAAGAGGCAACGAUGUGUUAUUUACGACGUAGUGUUCCAUCCUGACACACUGCGCAUGGCAGAGGUAAACAAGCGGUUUCGGGAGUUGGUAAACAAUACAGCUUUUGAUGGGUUACAGAAAACGUACAACAUUCAUUUUGAUAGCAACAACUGCCGCUUUCCGAAGUCGUAUUAUAAGGGCAUGACUACACCUGCUGUUAUAAGAAAAGAGGAUCCUAACUUUAAACCACCAACAGAUGAAGAAGAAAAUGAACAGAUAACUCCAGAAAUAAUGGAAAAACUCUACCCACAACAUAUGUACCCUGAAGCUAAAGAACCUGUCGAAGAGCAAUAUAAAAAAGAACUUGAACAACACAGAAAAAAAGCUAAAAAUAGUAAAAAAGAAUUCAGUCAUGCCUCUGAUAAUGGUUACACCGUACCUAAGUAUGUGAUAAAACAGCAGAAAAAUGUAGACUUGCAAGACUUCACCUAUCAGAAAGAUAGCAAGCAGUAUGCCGCUAUGCCAAGCCAUAUAGUUGUUGAAAUUAAUUUACCACUACUAUCUUCAACCAAAGACUGUGUUCUAGAUGUUCGGGAAAAAUCUCUCAGUUUGAUUUCUGAAAAGCCAGCAAAGUAUAAACUGAACCUUACACUUCCUUAUGCAGUCAACGAUGAGUGUGGAAAUGCAAAAUUUGAUAAGUCAAAGCAUACACUGAUUGUGUCUCUCCCAGUGGUUAGAAAGAACACUUCAAAUGAUAAAACAGCUUUACUAAGAGCAGAUAGCGGUGUAGAAAGUGAAGAAAAUUCAAAUGAUGAAGAAGAAUCAAAACAAACCCUUAUAGAAGUUAUUUCCUCAGACCCUACUGACUCUAAAUUAUCUUUAAUGCACAAUCAGCAUAAUCCCCCCUCUGAAGAAGCAUUUCUGCUUUCAACUAUUAGCUAUACAUUCCCUUCAUAUACAUACAAUGCAUUAGAUGAUGUAAUAGCAUUCACUUUUCAUGUUAAAAACACUGAGCCUGAUUCAGUUAAAGUGAAAAAUGAUGGAAAUAAAAUACACAUAAAAUUUUCUUCACUUGGAUCUGGUUUUGUGCCAAUACAUUAUGCAGCACUUAUUUCAUUUGAUGGAGAUGUGCAGUUUGACAAUGUGACUGGUGAAGCAUGGGAUAAUAAUGUUAUAUUGCAGUUGGAAACAGCUGGAGCUAUCAAAAAAUUUCAUAUAGGUUUAAGUGAGAAUGAUUUGAAAACUGAAUAUUUUGGUGUAUCCCAAACAACAAAAGAUGAUGAACCCAAAGUUGCAUCAUCUGUAGAAGGUGCAACACCUCUUGUUGAAGUAACUAACUUAGGAACUGAAACUAAUAUCGUAGUUUCAUCACUUAAUAAUAAAACAGAUACUGAAGAGGAGACUGAAAAUGAAAGGGAUAUUGUGUGGACGGAAUCAUUUACCAUACGCAAUGGAGCUAAGAGCAUCCUCCGCAAGCCUAUAAUGAUGCGUAGCUUUUCAGAAUCAAGUGUUGGCGAUGUUGCAUCUUCUAUGGAUUACAUCAGCUCUGAUUGUAUUCCUGAAGAAUCUAGUUUGAAAAAGACAGUUAGAUUCAGUGAUGUCAUUGCACGGCAAUUUUACAGAUAUAACUCAUCAAUUGAAGGCCAGAAAAAGAAAAACCAACGCAAGAAGAGUAAAAAGCGUAACCAAGAAAGGCGUAGAAGUGAGAGUGAAGCUGAGGAUGAUAUUUCCAACUUAGUUAAGCCAUCGAAACCCCGUUUGAAAUCAGUCCUCAAACAGAGACAUGACAGUGGACUAGCGGACACUUCCGAUGCUGACGAAUGCAAGAACAUGUCCGAUAGCGACUUGCAGUACAACAGCAACACUGACGAGAACGCCAAUGAAGACAGCUAUCAUGCACGUAAAAACACGUCUUAUCUAAACAUCAUCAAUAACAAUACGCAGGACAACCAACCAGCUAUAUGGACUUCGGAUUCCAGAGGUCACUUAACAGAUACAAAAGGUCCAAACCAAGAGAAGCAUGAACCCAUUACAUGUGAUAACAUAAAACACAACACCGACCUCUAUAACCCAGAAAAAUUAAACAAGGGACAAUACUUAGAGGUUAAAUUCAAAAAUGAUCUCAUAUUUGAUCUUGAUAUGUGAGCUUUGCCAUUUACCUUGGUUGUAUGAAAAAUCUUUCAUUAAAUAUUAGGAGUAGGCUAGUUAUUCUAGUGCAUACCAGUGAUUUUUAUUAUUUGUGUAGGAGUGUGUGGUGAGGUUUGGUUUAGACAUUAGUCUCUAAUUAUAUCUACCCACGUAAAUUAUGUUCCUUCCCAAUUAGUUUUUACAUCAGCUAAGUUUAUGGCAAUGGACUAUAUUCUGCAUGAAUGUCAAUUAUUUUGGAUUCAUAUUGUUAUCACUUAAUUGGAAUACUUUAGGUAAUUAAUUGACUCCUAUUUAUUAUCACUAAAAUUUAUUCUUUGGAAAAUAGUGGUUAUGGCCAUUUUAGACCUUAAACUUAUUAUAAAAAUCACGUAGAUUAAUGCAUCAAUGUACAAAUUAGAUUUAGUUAAAUUAAACCACGAAGUCUGACACAAAUUAAAAUUUUAAAAUUCGCAUUUUUAUAGAAAUAUGUAGUUUUAUUAGAUAAGAAAUAUUGCCUUAUCAAUGAGAAAUACAGAAAAUCGUUCUAAAAAGUUAAUUUCAACCUGUUUAUUUAACACCGAAUGCUUUCUUGCAAGAUAAUAAAUCUUACUGAAUACGUAGUAGCUAGUACUUGGAGUUUAGAAUCAUUCAAAUGUUAUUUGUAUUGCAAAACAACAAACACAGUUUGGCAUGGGAAGUGGGGACGGUUCUAUAGCUAGCAUAUGCGCUACUAAGUAUUCGAUAAUCUUGCAAAAACAACUUGCGGUGGUAUGAACAGGGUCUAACACCCAUAUUCACAAACUUUAAAGGGUCCAGGUUAAGAAAUUAGCUGUAGUACUGACUAAUUCUGACAUAUUAGUCGAUACAAGAGCUAAUUUCUUAAACUGGACUAUUUCAAGUAAAGAUUUUUAUAUAAACCUGUGAGGAUGGUACUGCAAUUAAAAAUGCCAUAAGCCUACGUUGUCGUAUUAGUUUAAAAAAUGCGAUAAACCAAAUUAAAUUUGAAUUUCGCGGGCAAGCCCGUCGCUUCCACCUUAAGUGAAUCGUUCGCCCAGGAAGUGCCCAGGGAAUCGCAGGUUCGAAUCAAUGAAAAUUUUCAAUAAAACUAAACUACUUGAUGUAAUAAUUAGAAGGUAUUUUCUAAAAUACAAUCACUGUUUUAGUUUUUUUUGUUGUUAAGGCAUUUUAAUUCUUUUAUACCGAUAAUAUUAUUAGGGAGAACAAUAUAGCAGAUAAUUGUGCUCAACUUUUGUCAGUGCCUUUUAAAGAGAACUCCGAUUGCAGCAAAAUAACCUUAGCUGUUGUCAUAAACCAUGCAUUUAUAUUUUAUUUUAAUAAGUUAGUAUUGAAAGUGUGUUCUAGGAUUUAAUAUAGUCGUUAUGUUCCGUCAGAAGUUUAACGGUAAAAUAUUGUGAUGUUUCGAAUAAUAAUUUAAUAAAACAAAAUGAAAUUAA